CAACCUUUCAGAUUAAGAAUGUGUACUUCCGGUUUCUGAGGAGAUCACUGUGUGUGAAACUUGAUCUGUUAGUGAAUGAAUGGUUAGAGUGCCUGUGCUCGCGAAGAUCAGCUUUUGCUGGCUGGCUUCAUCUGGAUAACAACUGGCAGGCCCAGAACUCUGAUGACUAUGGACUGAUUCUCAGAAGAAAGUUUGGAUUUGGACAGGAACACCGGUUUAAGCCUUCAGUGUCUAAACAGGGAUGAGUUUAACCUUUAACCUGUAUUGUGCAAACAUCAGAUUUUACUACUAAAGGAUCAAAGCAGAAGACAUUCAUUCAGAUCAGUUUUAUGGAUAUACAUCAAGAAACUCACUGAAGAAGAAUCCUGUAGACAAAACGUAUCAUCAUGGAACAUAAUAUAUUUGGACUUCUUUUAUUAAUUUCAGUUUUAAAUGGUAUACAUUGUCAACGUAGCAGACAGCCUCAGUGUGAGCAAGGAAGUUGUUACCCAGCCACGGGAGAUUUACUUAUUGGGAGAAAAAGUGAAGAACAAUUGUACGCCUCAUCAACGUGUGGUUCUAAGAGACCACAGACCUAUUGUAUUGUUAGUCAUUUAGAGGAGGAAAAGAAGUGUUUCAGCUGUGACUCUAGGACCCCGUGGUCGCGGCAGAAUAAUCAGAGUCAUAUGCUUGAAAAUGUUGUAUCUUCUUUUAUUGGAGACAAUUCUUUUAGUGGAGACAGAAAGCUACGCUGGUGGCAGGCUGAGAAUGGAAAGGAGAAUGUAUAUAUACAGUUAGAUUUAGAGGCAGAAUUCCAUUUUACUCAUUUAAUCAUGACUUUUAAAUCUUUCCGACCAAAGGCUAUGCUUGUCGAAAGAUCUCAUGAUUUCGGCAAAACGUGGAAAGUUUACAGGUACUUUGCAUAUAACUGUAAAAAGUCAUUCCCAAAUAUUUCCCGAGACCCAGUACAAAAUCUUACGGAUGUGAUUUGCGAGACAAGAUAUUCUGAUGUGGAACCUUCGACAGGAGGGGAGGUAAUUUUCCGAGUGCUGCCCCCGUUUAUCCCGGUCCGUGAUCCUUAUAGUGUCAAUGUACAGAACCUGCUGAAGUUAACCAACCUCCGAAUUAACAUUACUGAGCUGCACACACUUGGUGACACCCUUUUGGAUAAUCGUCGUGAAAUCAAAGAGAAAUACUACUACGCCCUGUACGACAUGACGGUGAGAGGAAGUUGCAGUUGCUAUGGUCACGCUGCCAACUGUGUCCCGGUACCAGGCUACAACAACGACCCCGGAAUGGUACAUGGCCAAUGUGAAUGUACACACAACACAAUGGGACGUAACUGUGAGUUAUGUAGGGUUGGCUACAAGGAUGUCCCCUGGCAGCCUGCUAGACACAACCAACCAUUCGAGUGCCAGAAGUGUAAGUGUAACAACCACGCGGACGACUGUAAGUUUGACCCGGCGGUGUACGAGCAGUCCGGUAAGAUCAGCGGUGGCGUGUGUAUCGACUGUCGCCAUAACACUAUGGGCAAGAACUGUCAGGAAUGUCAGACGUUUUACUACCAGGACCCAAACAAGGAUAUUCGUGCCCCGGACAUCUGUCAGCCCUGUGACUGUGACCCUGAUGGAGCUCAGUAUAGAGGUAACUGUGAUAGCCACACUGACCCCGCCUACGGCCUGGAGGCUGGACGCUGUACCUGUAAACAGUACGUCACCGGUAAACGCUGCGACGCGUGUAAGGAUGGCCACUACAACCUGACCACAAACAACCCUUACGGUUGUGAUACCUGUAUAUGUAACACUCUCGGGACCAUUGGCAACUACGGCUGUGAUAAAGACAGUGGGCAGUGUUUCUGUAAAAGAUAUGUGACGGGCGUCAAAUGUGACACAUGUUAUCCUGGAUUCUGGAACCUGAGUGGUGAGGUGACUGGAUGUUCUCCCUGUGACUGUGACCUGGGAGGGGCCGAGUCCGAGGUCUGUGACUCCCAGGACGGUCAGUGUAUCUGUCGACCAAACAUCGGUGGGCGCCAGUGUAACAGGCCUGCCACUGGCUACUACUUCUCACUCCUCGAUUACUUCAGAUACGAGGCAGAAGAUGCGAGGGGAAUCGGGAGGACGAGGCUGUACACUCUGCCAUCCUACAACUACUCUAUACUACCCUGGAGACAACAGUGGACUGGACAGGGCUUCAUGAGGGUUAGCGAGGGGGACAGCAUUGAGUUCACCGUCAAUAAUAUUGACUUCCCUAUGGACUACGACAUUGUCAUCAGAUACAACCCAGCGAUGCAAGAUAUAUGGGAGGAUGUACGUGUUUAUGUUGUCCGUCCUGGACCAGUCAACGAGUUUGGACCAUGUGCCAACCACAUGCCGUCAGAUGACGAGAAAGUAACCAGCCUUAUGACAAACCGGAGUUACACCGUCGUGUCUCCCCCAGCCUGUCUAGAGCCUGGCAAGGAAUACACCAUUAGGCUUGAGUUCCUCCGUUUUAGAACCAAUGCUGAAACACCUGAUGCAGCCCUCAAUAUUGAUUCAAUUGUGCUGGUGCCUAGCCUGAACACUGUGCCGAUCUUCUAUGGCUCGGGCUACCCUAGCUUCCUGAAGGAGGAGUUCCAGCGCUAUGGUUGUUACAACUCCCAGUUAAAGGCUUUCCAGGAGGAGCCCCGAGAUUUGUGUUAUAACCUCACCUUCAGUAUUUCCUCUGUACUCCACAACGGAGCUCUCGAGUGUAACUGUGACUCAACCGGCUCCGUAGACCUUGAGUGUAACGUUGCUGGCGGUCAGUGUCGCUGUAAGACAAAUGUUGUGGGUCGACGAUGUGACCGAUGUGCACCAGGAACUUACGACUUUGGACCUGACGGCUGCAAACCCUGUAACUGCGUUGGGGAGGGAUCUCAGGACAACUUCUGUGACAAACAGAGUGGGCAGUGUCUCUGUAGACGUAACGUAGGCGGUAGGAUCUGUGACCGCUGUGUCGAUGGUUACUAUGGCUACCCUAACUGUCGUCCCUGCCAGUGUAACGGAAAUGCUGAUACCUGUACCAAUGAAAUAGGUGCCUGUCUUCAGUGUCGUGACUAUACAGUGGGAAACAACUGUGAAUCAUGUGCCCCAGGCUACCACGGUGACCCACGUAUCAGUUACCGUAUUCCCUGUGAGCCCUGUUUGUGCCCCGGAGGACCAGACAGCCCCAUACAGCAUGCUGACUCGUGUAGCGUAGACCCCUAUUCUCGUAAUCUACAGUGUAACUGUAGACCAGGAUACCAAGCUCCCCGAUGUGACCGCUGUGCUGAGAACUACUUCGGCCACCCGAGCCAGCUGAACGGUACAUGUGAGGCAUGUAUCUGUAACAACAACAUUGACCCUGAUGUACCUGGGGGCUGUAAUACCACCACCGGACAGUGUCUCCUCUGUCUCUUCAACACGGAGGGCUUUAGCUGUGAGAGGUGUAAACCAGAGUACUAUGGUGAUGCUACUACACAGAGCUGUAAAGACUGUGUCUGUGAUAUUUAUGGAACUGACCGUAACGGUGGCCCCUGUGACCGAGAAACCGGCCAAUGUCCUUGUCUUCCCAACGUGGAAGGCAUGAGUUGUGAUCGCUGUGCAGUCGGCUUUUGGAACAUCACCAGUGGAGAGGGCUGCUCCUCCUGUGGCUGUGACUCCUUGGGCUCUCUGGGACCCGAGUGUAACCAGUUUGACGGUCAGUGUCAAUGUAAGCCGGGCCGAGGAGGCCUGGACUGCAGUGAGUGUCCAGCUAAUCACUGGGGAGACCCCACUAGAGAGUGUUAUCCCUGUGACUGUGAUGGUCAAGGAUCUAGUCAAACCCAGUGUGACCGUCGUACUGGUCAGUGUGUGUGUCUGACCGGUAUCACUGGCUACAAGUGUGACCGCUGCGCUAGAGGUACCACCGGAGAACUGCCAAACUGUAAGCCGUGUGGGGACUGCUUCGAUAAUUGGGACCGCAUCAUUCGUGACCUCUCCGCCCAGACUUCCGGAUUGCUGGACGAUGCUACCAGGAUUAAAACGACAGGUGCUGAGAGGGCCUUUGAUAAGGAGUUUAGACAGAUGGAAGAUAACAUGGAGGAGAUCAGACAGAUCGUUAACAAUGCCAGUGUAGCCUCCACUGAUAUGAAGGAUCUGGAGGACCUUCUCAAGCAGCUCAGGCAAAACCUGACAGAGAGCAUGAACCAACUGGACAGCACAGAGCAGGGUUUGGACAACAGGAUGGACAAUAUCCGACAGGGUAACAAUAACAUCCGUGCCCUACAGACACGUGUCAAUGAUCUCAAACUCAAGGCUGACCAGCUCGUCAAAAAUGCCUCGGCCAUCCGUGCCAAGGAUGUGGAAGGUGCAUUUAACAUCACAAAAGAGGCGCAACAGCGAUCACAGAUGGCUCAAGCCAAAAUUGACAACACUCAAAACAUCAUGGAUGAAUCGGAACGUGUCCGACUGGAGACAGAACGGAUGCUGGAGCAAGGACAGGAUAGGUUUGAUAACCAGUUGGCUGAGAACAGGAACAACCUUGCUAAUCUUGACACCUCAGUUAGUGGUCUGUCAAACAGGAUAUCCGACAUCAAUGAAAUGGUCUGUGAUGGGCGUGGUGACCCUUGUGAUGAUAUCUGUGGGGGCGGAGGCUGUGACAAGUGUGGUGGUGUGGGCUGUGAUGAUGGAGCUGUAACUAAGGCUGAAGACGCCAUCAAACUUGCCAAGGAUGCGGAGAGUCUGCUUGCCAUGAAAGAAAACGAUGCCAAUGUACUCCUCAGCAGUAUCCAGACUGUACAACAGGGGGCUGAGGAGGCUAAGAACUCAGCGACCAUGGCCUACAAUGCCGCCCUUCGUGCCAAGAACGAGACUGAGGUGUCGCGUCUCAUGUUGGAGACCCUUCUUAACGAAGUAGCUGACUUCCUGUCACCAUCUUCUGGAACACCAGAGGCAAUAAGAGAUAUUGCCGACGAGGUGCUGGCCAUGAGCAUAUCUCUGAGUCCACAACAGAUUACAGCACUGGCUGAUGAGAUCAACAAAACUAUCCAAGGUCUCCAGGACAUUGAUGUCAUUCUCAACGCAACAAGUGAUGACUUGAACCUGGCACAGAAACUCAAAAACCAAGCUGAAAUGGCAGAGGCGGAUGCUAAGUCCAUAUUGGGAAAGGCAGAAGAUGUUCUAGACAAUCUGCAGAGUGCCACAAGUGCCCAGGAGGCUGCAGACCGCGCAAUCAACCAGGCUGACAGCGACAUCUCAGAUGCAGAAAGGGAUUUAACACAGAUUGAGUCAGAAACGGCAGCAGCAGCUGAGAAGUCUAAUCGUUCUCUACAAGCUCUAGAGGAACUCCGCAUCCGACUCAUCACCCUUGGUAACAAGUACAUUGGUAACGACCGUAAGGUCUUUAGAGCAGAGGAGGCCGCUCGGGCCGCAUCCACAUUAGCCACCACUGCCGAGAUGAAAGCUGAUGAGCUAGCCAACGAGUACACUGACACGGCCGACAAGCUCAAUACCAAGUACAACCUAACGUCCGUGGCCCAGCAGCGGGCUCAGGGCCUCAAGGACAAAGCUGAUAGGUUGGCAGGCGACACAACAACCAAACUCAGUAAACUGAAAGAAAUGAAUAGCAACUUUAAUACAAACAAGAAGAGAUUAGAGAAACUUUCUACAGACAUUGAUGAUUUGAAUAUUCGAAUGGACGACUACCUACAAGCAAUACGGGACAAGUCUGAUAGCUAUUUCAAGUGUAAAACUUAGUGACAUAUGUUCCCUAGUGUUAUGUUGUACUAUACCUAUACCUUAUUAUGCAUGUAACAAGUUGCAGGUCUUGACUUUAUUGUGCCAUGGUACUCCCCAAUUUUUGUUACCCUCUCUCCUCUUCUCGAUGCCUGUCCCCAGCCUCUGGAGAUUGUUCGCGGCAGACUCUGGUUGUUUAUAAUUAUUCUAUGUUGUGAGAAUGCCAAACUUAAUUUUAUAUGUGUUUAGCCUAGUUUUGUAGAUGAGUAUCUUUGUGAUGAGAAUAUUUAUUUCAUCAUUUCAGUGUUGUUGGAGGAUAUUUACGCUACAGUUGUUUUAGCUGUUGGUAUUUCAGCAGUGCCCCCCACCUGAUAUUGAAUGUUCAGUUCCGCUAUGUGCACAAAUAUUCAAGGACAGAUUUUCAUUGUUUAGGUAUUUCUGUGAUACUGGAUAUCUAUGUAUUGUGGAAUUAAUAAAAUCAUUUUGGAUCAUGAAAGCUAUCACCUCAAACAUUGGUUUGCCUCAUCACUUUUCAGAUUUUAUGUGACAGUAAAUUUUGUUUCUAGGAAAUUUUACAUUAUAUACAGGUACAUACGAUCACGUUGUUCAGCCUGUUACUGUGGUGCAUUUCUAUGUUCAGUCGUUGUUUACAGACAAUAAUAUGCAUUUGAAGUUAAUAUUUGUGGUAUUUUUAUUCAGUAUUGUUGAAUGUCAGAAGAUAAAUAUGUACAGCUGUAUCUAUGCAUGUAUGUUGUAUAUCUGUAAAACCUUACCUGGAUACAACAGGUCAUGACAGGGACGUUGUGACCUUGUUACUAAAUCAAAAGUCAUGCCUAGGACAGCAGGUCAUGACAGGGACACUGACCUAGUUACUAAAUCUAAAGUCAUGCUUAGGACGAAAGGCCAUGACAGGACACUGUGACCUAUUUAAAUAAUCUAUAGUCCAUACCCAAUAUAACAGGUCAUGGCAAGGACGCUGUGACCUAGUUUCAUAAUCUAUAGUCUAUACUCAAUAAAACAGGUCAUGGCAAGGACACUGUGACCUAAUUUCAUAAUGUAUAGUCUAUACCCAAUAAAACAGGUCAUGGCAUGGAUGCUGUGACCUAGUUACAUAUUCUAUAGUCCAUACACUCCAAUGGUACCUUAAGUAUGACCCAGGGCUACAUUUUUGUAGUGGCCAGUAGCCGUGUACAUGUAGGAUAUUAUACCAGAGUGAUUAAACUCAUGGGGGCCGUGUAAUUACUCCAAAUGUGUAUGGUAAUGAGUUUAGUGUAUAUAGUAUGAUAAUUUUUAUUACAAUUUUUAAAGUCAUAAAUUUUUAUAUUUAAUCAUCAUUUUGCAAUGUAUGUUAUUUCUGCUGUGUUCACUAGUACACUGUGUCAAAUGUAUGGUUUUUAUCCCACAAAAUACUUAGUAGGUUACAAGAAAUUAUUACAAAUCAAAAUCCUUGACAAAUCCAGUGUAUUAUGAUAAAAACAUUUUCAUUUUCUCAUACAUGUGUUUGUAUUUAUCGGACAAAAUCUAGUUAUUAUAAGUUCAUCUCUCAUCUGUGUUAAGUCCUACAUGAUUCUUGUUUCUUUGUGUUUACCAGUCCUGUGUCUAAAGCACCUUGUUAUCUGUUACAGAGUUGAGCUGCCUAAAUCAAAUUAUGAACAAUAUUACUAUUGAAUUAUUUCAAAGCCUUAUAAAAGAACAAAAGAUUACAAAAAAUGACUGAAAAUUCAUUCUGUGUUUUGUAAGAUUCUUAAAAAAACAAAAAAGUAAAGUAUUUUUAUUUUUAUUUUAGUAUUUUUUUACUAUUUUCAUUUUGAUGCCAUUUUUUAAUUUCUUUGGUUAUACACAUCAUUGAUUUGAUGGGUAUUAUUUUACCAGGGGUAUACCAAUCUACUAACGGGACGCACGGAGCUAGUAGAUGUUAUGUUGGGGCUAGUGAUCAUUUACUAUGAAAAGAUGGUCAGACUGAUGAAACUUUUCAGAAUCAACCUAACGGCUAGCAUUACAAAUAUAAACUUGUACACCCCUGUUACACAUUACACCGGUCUGAAUAUUAACAAUGCAAAUCUGACUUAUUCAAAUUCAAUGGUGCCAAAUGUUCUUCUGUUAUCAUAGUAAAAAUAAAUUAAAUUCUGUGUACAUGUGAACACUUGAAUAUAAUUUUUCGAAAAGGUACAUAGGUACUUUAAAGGCAUUUUUUAAAGAAGAAAAUAGUUGGUGUGUUUCGGUUUACUUUUGCCUGACCAGAUAUUUUAAAUAAUUUUUGUUACAAUUGAAGUUUUGUGUACAUGUCAUAUCAAUAUUACGUGUAUUUUAGUGUAGUAUUUAUUCUAGAUCUGUGUCUGCAUAAUACAACUCCUGUUGUUUAUCUCUACGUAAAACACAAAAUAAAAGGCGGUCGAUUCGUGUCUCAAGACCUUGCUCUAUUUCACUGCAUUCGUACAAAUUUAGAAUGAUACCGGUGUCAACGUCCAGUGUUAUCUGACAAGUUUGGGUAAUUGUAGAUUUGCCAGUUAGCACAAUGAAAAUAUUAUAAAUGUAUUUCCUGUCUUUCAUGUUGCCCCUUGAAACUUACCAUACAUGUGAUGAGUUAUGACUGAAGUUGUAGAAAUCCAGAUACCCAGUUAGUUGGGCAAUGAUGCUCAAACUAUUCAUCACGCUUUUGCUGCGUCUAUAUGGUACUUUGCAAAGAACUAUGUUUCGUUUCAUUUUUAAACACUUGAAUAAUAUUUAAAGGUAAUUUUCUUUAAAUUGUUUUAUUAAUUUUUUUUUUUUAAAUAUUUUAAUUUAUCAAGUGUUUUUGAUGGAUUUCUUUUUACCUCAGCCAAUUAAAUGUAUAUCGUUUUUAAGUAUGGAAAAUAUUUUACAUGAAAACUGGUGAUUGAUAGAUACCAAAGAAUAUUAGCGAGUGAUGCCAUUUUCUGUGUCUGAAAACAUGUCACGAAGGUACUAGGGUGUCGAAGUACUCGUUGCAGUGGUACUUGGGUAUCCACUAAAUUGCUGCUGCAGUGCUUGGGUGUGCGAGUACCGAUGGCAGUGUUAUUCAGACUUCAGCCAAGAUGUUGUCAGUUUUACCUGUGUUAAAUCAUCCCCAUCAAGUGAAUUCAAUUCUAUUAAAAUACCAGCUAUGACGUCUCA